AUGGAGGCGUAUCCUGCUUCGCGCCACCCGCUACACGCCCUCUUGCACUCUGAAACCACCCUUCGCGCCCCCGCGUCCAACCACCAAUGGCGGCCCUUAGUUCCGACGUCUCGCUAUCAGCUUCUCCGGCAUUCUGUAUCGCUACGGUGGUCGCGUCUACCUGUUCGGCAGAGCGGGAGCCACGCGCGGAGCCGCGGUCACUUCAGCCGGCUCGUCGCUGCCGCGAGCGGCGAAGACGCGAAUGGAACUGCUGCGAACGAAGCAGAUAAUAUCGGGGAUAAGGGUGCAGGGGCGAGUGCAAAGGCGGAGAGCGCGGAGCUGGCGGACAUCCUGGCGCGCGUGCACGAGGAGAUGGCGGAAGCCACCCGCGCCCAGGCGGACGGGCGCGCGUCGAUCCUGCGGAGCAUGGGGCGCGAGGGCGGCGGGGAGGGCGAGGCAGGCGAGCAGCUUCUGCUGGAGCUGCUGCAGGCGGAGGAGCAACGGCGCAUGCGCGCGCCGGGUGACGCGGAGGAGGCGGAGGAGGACGCAGGGUCUUGGGAAGGAAGCGACGGCGCGCAAGGCGGAAAGGAAUACAG